CUUAUUUUUUUUUUUUUACUGUAUAUGCUGAAGUGAAACAUGCCUUUGCUGAAGUGGAGCAGACGAGGCCGAACGUAGAGGCGAUAUGUGCCUCAUACGUUGCCAUUUAUUCAGCGAGGUUACACUCUUGUUUAUAGACGAUCUUGGACGAUCCGGAAACAGAAACGCCACGGCUACUUCCGGUUCCGCCUCCUGCCGUCAGCUGACUGCCGUUUGUUUGCAAACAGCUCCGUCCACAGGGUUCGCGGUCCGCCCGCGUCCUCUCCUCCUCCUGCGCCUCCUGCGCCUCCAGCGCCUCCUGCGCCUCCACCAUGGGAGAAGACGACGCCGGCGACAUCAUCGAGCACCACGUGGAGGAGGAGAUGGAGAAGAGAGGGACGAGGAGCCACGCGGCGUCCUCCUCGUUCCCGGCGAGUCCGCCCGACGGGGAGGGUCCCAGCAGCACCCAGUCCUCCCACCGCCUGCUGGCCUACAGCGAUGCCCUCAUCUCCAUCAUCGCCACUGUCAUGAUUUUACCUGUGGCCCACACAAAAGUGCAGGACGAUGAGGAGUUGAGGGAGAGCGUCCAACUGCUGCUCACCACAAAGAUCGGCGUUUACCUGAUGACAUUCCUCAUAGUGAACGUAGCCUGGGCUGCUCACAUCAGGUUGUUCCAGGUGGUGGUGCGGAUCGAUGACUGUCUGGCUUUGCUCAACCUUGCCUGCAUGAUGCUCAUAACCUUCCUGCCGUACACGUUCUCUCUUAUGGCAACUUUCCCCCAGAACAUCCUGGGGAUUUUACUGUUCUGUGGGUGCGUGAUGGUGACGGGCGUCAUCCAGUCGCUGAUCGUGUUGUACGCCUUCAGCCGCCCGUUCCUGCUGAACGAACACAUCCAGAUCUCCGAGAACCGCAGCGUCUAUAAACACCACAUCCUGAAGGUCAUCGUGAGAGUGCCCCUCAUGUGCUUCCUGGCCAGCAUCGCGUCCCUGAUCGUCUUCCAGCUCUCGUACGCUCUGUUGGCGCUCGUCAUCUUCCUGCCCUACAUCUCCCAGUUUCUGAAGUGGUGCCGCAGCAAAGCGCUGGGUCAGAGGGAGGAGAGUCCCGACGCGGUGAUGUUCUACACCUACCUGCCCAACGAGCCGCUCAGUAAGGACCGAGUGGAGGCGUUCAGCGACGGCGUCUACGCCAUCGUAGCUACGCUCCUCAUCCUGGACAUAUGCGAGGACAACGUUCCGGACCCAGCGGUGGUGGAGGCCCGGUUCGGGGGGGACCUGAUCGCGGCGCUGCGGGUCUACGGGCCGGAGUACCUGGCCUACUUCGGCUCCUUCGCCACCGUGGGGCUGCUGUGGUUCACCCACCACUCGCUCUUCCUGCACGUCACCAGGGCCACGCGCCUCAUGGGGCUGCUCAACACCUUCUCGCUGGCCUUCGUGGGCGGCCUGCCGCUGGCGUACCAGCUGACGCACGAAUUCCCGCCCAAUUCCCAAAACGAGCUGGAGGCCAUUCAGAUCAGCUGCGUCAUCAUCUUCUUCGCGGGCACGUUCCAGCUCUGCAUCUGGGUGGUGGCUCUGUUCAGCGAGAGGGAGGCGCUGCACCCGUACGUGCGCUACGGCGGGCGCGAGCACGUGUUGAUGCUGGCCAAGCUGGCGCUGUACCCCUGCGUGGCUCUGGGGACCUUCCUCCUCACCUGCGUUCUGAGCAGGUUCAGCGCUCCCAUCUUCCACCUGAUGGAGAUCACGGUGCCCUUCGCGUUCCUGCUGCUCAGGCUGCUGGUGCGGCUCGUUGCGGCAGUGGUGCGGCUCGCCGUGUGUCCCGACAGGUCCGACCCCACGGCUGUGGAUGAGCAGCAGGAGGCCACGGUGCCGUUUAGCGCCGCGGAGGCCCAGCGCGGGUGCUGAGAUGUCAUUGUGUGAUGCUUCACAAACAGGAGGAGCGUGGGUCAGAGGCUGAAGGUCGAACACAGACGCCAUCGUUCAGGCGAACAGUCCGUCCAACGUUACACUUUGAAGCCAGUAACUGCAUGUCGAAGGGAAUAUUUCCAGCUAUUAUACGGUAACGCUUCUCGCAAAGGGCUUGGUGUCGUUCUAAAUGGGUGCAGCCAGACUCAUUCUAAUGCACUAGUUUUAAAUUGUCCAAUUCAUUUUGAGUCUUUGGUUAAAAACGAGCUACGUUAUGAAGACGUGUUGUUGAUUUUAGUCUUAUUAUUUCUUCUUUUCUUGAUGCUUGUGAGGCCAGUUUUUCAGGCAGCGCUGCUCUCGUUUUUGAAUGCAGGAGCCGAGUACAGAUUCCCGUGCUGAAAAUUGGUAGGGACUUGAAUUUGAGAUGCACUUUAAAGGAAGGCUGCCAGGUGAUGAAGCCCAGAGCUGGAAGACUAAAGAACCUUCUCAAAUUUUAGUAGUUGUAUUUUUAGGGCACGUUGUUUCUGGUCACAGUCUUCACACGCGUCAUUGUUCUGUUCUCAGCUCCGUCCAUUUGCACCUGAUGUCGUUAACGCCAAACGCUGCAUUUGCUGCCUCACUGCACAAAAGUUUAAAAAUCAGCUGUGUGUAAAUAAAACUUGUUCUUUGUUCUAUGUGGAAGUGGUCUGGUCCACAAAAUAACAAUAAACAGGCAGCAUAAAGAAAAUGAGUUUAUUUACCUGCGCACAGUAAACAGCCUCACAAUAUCUCUAACAAUAUAUUAUCUGCUCUGGACACUUUGUAUUUGCCCCUACAUGAACAAACUACCUCAGUAGAAUCUAUAAUCAUCUCAACUCCAAAGCUACAGAUUUUCAUUAGAAAACAUUUCUGCUUUAAGCAAAUCAAACAUUAUACACAAAGUGAUAAAUAGAUCUUCUGACAUGUCGUUUACAAGCACCUUUUCUUUCCUAGAGUCGUUUCAUCACCUUCACAACA